CAUGUGAGAGGAAAAAGAACAAACAAAAGCAAAUUGAUUUUGGACGCUUGCUCAGUGUUUAAAGAAUAAAUACAGGAUGGGAGGGGUUAGUAGGACUGGUGGUCAGCUUGUCAGAGAAAGAGUCGUUAUUUGUGGGUCCUGAUCAUGCUCAGUCUGUGUCUGCUCUUCCUACCUCUGUCUGCCUGGUCUCUGCCCCUGUUGGGGUGGGUGGAGUCCCCAGGUUACCCCAGAGGUUACCCAGAAGACACUACUCUAAACUGGAUGAGAUGUGCUCCUCCUGGCCACGCCCUCUCACUCACACUCACACACCUCGACCUGGAGGACAGUGAGGACUGCGCCAAUGAUGUAUUGCAGAUCUCAGUGGACAAUCGAACUGUCUACAAUCUUUGUGGCCGCAUGUCCUAUGAGGAGCUCCAGUCAUCCGUCAAUCCCUCACUUCUGUCUUCAGCAUCAGGUUGUUUGUCUCUCUCCUUCAACUCUGACUAUUCCAACUCUGAGAGGCACAAUGGCUUCAGGGCCUUCUACACCAUGCAAGAUGUGGAUGAAUGUGCCCAUGAAGACAACAGCUGCAAUCAUUUCUGCAGCAACUAUAUAGGGGGGUACCGCUGCUUCUGUCGCCCUGGUUACCGUCUCCAAACCGACGCGCGCACCUGCACAGCAAUGUGUACUGAGGACCGAUCAGGGUCCCUUCAGGGCAUGGUGUCAAGCCCUGGUUGGCCAGGCCCAUACGCAGCAGAUGCACAGUGCUCCUACACCCUGUCGGUGGAGGGUGGAGUCCAGCUGGUCCUGGAGUUCAUCGGGGAGUUUGAUGUGGAGGAAGAGAAGAACGGAGUCUGCACAGACUACUUGUUGAUUAAGACUCCAAAUCAAGACUUUGGCCCAUUCUGUGGUAAAGACCCUCCUGCUUCGCCCAUCCUUACUGGAUCUCACCAAGUCCAGAUUGUCUUCAACUCAGACAGCUCAGGAAGCAAUGCUGGUUUCAGACUCGUCUAUACAAGCACAGAAAAGACCUGUCCCAUUCAAGUAACACCCAACUCACACGUAACACCAAAACUUCCCAGGUAUCAAAAAAGCCAAAAGGUCACUGUGCAAUGCAACACUGGGUUCUUUCAUAACCAAGAAGUUGCUGAAGUACCGCACGUCAUUGAUAAUAUCACCUACACAUCUUGGUGUGGCAGGACUGGCACCUGGAGCCCUGCCUUUAGCUGUGAAGUUGUGGAAUGCGGUGACCCUGACAUUCAGGAGGACCGGUGGCCUCUCCACGUACUCAACAUGACCACCACACAGUACGAGGGUGCCAUUCACCUUCAGUGCAACUCGAAAUACUACAACCUGGAGGGAGAGGAGAGGUAUAUUUGUGAUCAUCACGGCGAAUGGAGAUCCACGGCUGGUCAAACUGACUUUCCCAAAUGUGUGCCAGUGUGCGGAAGGACAGAAAAGGAUUUGAUAAGCUUUAGUAGGAUUAUAGGGGGCAAAGAGGCAGAACAUGAGCAGAUCCCGUGGCAGCUACGCAUCACCCAACAUCGCGCGGGAGCAUUUCUCAUUAACGACAAGUGGGCCAUCACGGCUGCCCAUGUGUUCAACAAACUGAAGGAAAAUCCUCGAAUUUUGGGGGGAGGUAUAGACUUGAGACAGAGAAAGACGCUGAUAAACCUGAAUGUAGAGAAAUACUACAUUCACCCGAAGUACCUGCCUCUAGAAGAAAACUAUGACAAUGACAUCGCCCUGAUCAAACUAAAGACCAGGGCGCCCCUAAGCGCCAGUCUGCUCCCCGUUUGUCUACCAAUGAAGACUGAUGCGGCAGCAAUGGAAGGCCAAUGGGGCACCAUUUCUGGCUGGGGCGCUACCAAAAGUAAUGAUACGAACAGACGAAGUACGGACUUGCUAUAUGCUAAUGUAGAAAUUUAUUCAAGCAGGAAGUGUUCCCAAACUCCACUGCAUAAGAAUACGAAAGUGCCCCUGGUUUUUACUGACAACAUGUUCUGUGCGGGAGACAGGGGCAAAGACAGUUGCCAAGGGGACAGUGGGGGGCCGCUGGUUGUUCCGCCAUUGGGUCCAGUUGUCUCCAAGGACAGGAAGCCAUACCAGGUCUAUGGUAUUGUGUCCUGGGGAGAAGAUUGCGGAAACCUGGGCUAUUACACUAAAGUUGACAAGUACCUGGACUGGAUUAAGGAGACAAUGGAGAAGGAGUCCUCUUCAGCCCAGUGAUUCACUAAACAUUAAUUCCUAUAAAUCAUACAUAUCCACUGUGAGGAGUCAGUGUGAAUUAUGAUGAAAAAUUAAUCACGUUAAGAUACCAAAUUAGAGAUUAAUCUGGGACUAUUGUUAAGCUGAAUAUUGUUUAUGCUAAGGACAUUCAUCUUCUGAUGCAUAUAACUCUGUACUGCCAUGUCUGUCAGAAGCUGAACAUUGUCUGCAAUUCAGUGUGUUACACAAAGGGAUAAAAUAAUAUACGGUGCCAAAAAUAAAGAAUAAGAAUACAAAUACAA